UGCGCCUUUCCGUUACAAUUGCGAUUGUGGCAUCAAUAACUCUCAGUGGAGAACUAUCAUUUUCUUAAGCUGAAAAUGAAAUUUAGUAAUGCUUGAGACUUUUAUCUACUCAAUCACAUUAUUUUUGAGAUUGUGAUUCACUUUCGGUUCCGAUUUCACUCUGCUCGUGGUGUCGUUUUGUGAGAGUUUCUGUAUAGCGUUUAACGAAUAGUACUCUCGAUAGUAACCCUAAUCUGGUACUUAUACCGUAAAUAACCAUAACGGAAACGAUUCUGUCGGAGUGUUGUGGUCUGCUCUCGUGAAUUGUUUUCGAUUUCCAUUCGCAAUCGUGCGGAUUUUUCCAGUCUUAUGCUUAAAUUAGUUUUUUGUGAUCCUAGUUUAUUUUAUUCAAGUUUUCCAGUUGGAGAAAAAAGAUUUAUUUUUAUGGAUCCUGCGAUAGGAUGGUUUCAACCUGAACAGUGCGGUCCAGCGUUAUCCUUGUGGUCUGAAGCUUGGAAUUCUCGUCAGAGAUUUGAUGAGCUGAAGCUGGACUCGAAAAGCGCCGACUCUCUUGAAAAUGCAUCUCAUCUACCCGAGAAAAAUUCGGGCAAAAAAUUGGAUUGUAUGGCGGACAAUAUGUAUACCAAUCGUGUAAAACGAAAGGAAAACAAAGCCAGUACUUAUGGCCGAAAUGAAGAUUUCACUCAGAAUGAAGGGACUCCCUGGCGGAUAAAAGAUAAGAAAUAUAGUCCUGGACUACACGGCUUACAUGAAGAAAUUGAAGAUUUCUAUUAUUACAUGUCUCCUACUCGUGCUGAACAUCAAAUACGCCUUGAAGUUGUUGAAAGAAUUACUAAGAUUAUCCUGUCCAUAUGGCCAAAAGCAAAGGUGGAAGUGUAUGGCAGCUUUCGAACUGGUCUUUACUUGCCUACUAGCGAUAUUGAUUUAGUUGUGAUUGAGAAGAAAGACAUUUCUUUUAGAGUUUUAGAGCAGGCUCUAUUAGAUAACAACAUAGCAAAAGCAUGUUCAAUAAAGGUUUUAGACAAGGCUUCCGUCCCCAUUGUCAAACUAACUGAUGCCAAAACGGACAUUAAAAUUGAUAUUAGCUUCAAUAUGAACAAUGGUGUUAAAAGUGCAAACCUCAUAAAAGAUUUUAUGCACACUUACCCUGUUCUACCAAAACUUGUUUUGGUACUGAAGCAGUUCCUCUUGCAGCGAGAUCUUAAUGAAGUAUUUAUGGGUGGAAUUAGUUCUUACAGUCUCAUUCUUCUUACUAUAAGCUUCCUACAGCAUCUUAAACAUGAACCAGACAAGAACAAUCUUGGUAAGCUUUUAAUUAUGUUUUUUGAACUAUAUGGUCGGCAUUUUAACUAUCGCAGCACUGGUAUUAGCAUAAAGAAUGGAGGAGCUUAUUUCAUUAAGGACGACUUUUUGAGUUCCAUGACAGAUGGAAACAGGCCAUCGAUACUUUGCAUUGAAGAUCCUUUAUUGCCAGGUAAUGACAUUGGAAGGAGUUCCUAUGGUGCCCUCAGUGUAAAAACUGCAUUUGAAUAUGCAUAUAAGGUACUCAGUGAAGCAGUCCGUCCAAGCAGUACUUUUGUUUUGUGCGAUUACAGCAUUUUAGGACGAAUUGUGAGAAUUACCGAUGAAGUUAUAGACUAUAGGAGAUGGAUCCAUGAAACAUUCCCUGUUGAAAUUCCAGAUCUUGGUGCUUAUCAAAAGUUUCCCACCAAUGCAUUUGGUUCUCAGAUCUUCUCUGUCAAUAAUAUUGAAGAUAAAGUUAAAACUGCCGUUGGUCAAAUGAAUGGAAAUUCUUUACCAGAAAUUGAAGCUUGCUGUAGUUCAUGUUCUUCCGACUGUCAGUCAUCUACUCAUUCAUCUUGCGUAUCCUUGGGCUCUAGUAGUUCAGCUUCUAGCAUGGCCAGUGAUACUGAUUCUGACAUUAUAUCUGAUGGUCUUGCCAAUAAGCAAGAUGCUGAUAUGGAUUCAAAUGCAGUUGGCUAUGUUGAUAAAAAUACUGGUAUCUAUCAACCUACGUCCAAAUCCGGGAAAGACGCAGCUAUGACAUCUUUAACAAAUGGCUUAGAUAAAUUGUCAAACUGUUCUAAUAAGCAGCAGAAUAACUCUUCUGCAAAAACAGGAGUAAACGCGCCAGAAAAUCUUAAACCUAGAACUGAAGCGAAAACUGGGCAUUUGAAUGGCAUGUGGGUAAAACAAAGAAAAUACUCAAAUCAUUCUCAGAAUUGUAUUCCUAAUUCAGUGUGUGCUUCUAAAGGAAAUAUGGAAAGUAAUUCCAACAUUAAACCUGGUGUUUAUAAUUACUCAAAGAAAAAGUCUUCAAAUAGAAAAGAUCCUGUGAAUGCUGCAAACAUAUCCAGUAGAAAGGAUGGACAAAUAAUCAUUGGACGGUAGCAUAUCAAAUGCGUAUUACAUACCACUUGUCUUCCAUUUGCUAUGAAUAUUAUAUGGAAGACAUGGUAUGCCUUGUGUUAAAAUUGCUAUCUACACAAGUGACAUAAUGCCAUAACAUUGGACUGGAAUUUCACGUCACUCUUUUUUCAUCUGUAGGGGUUGUGUCAUUCAUUCCAGCACAAUGAUGCGAAAUAUUCUGUGAUUAAGUGCUAUUCUUUGCUCGUCAAAUUGCCAGCACCUAAAUACUUCAUGAACAUGACAUUUCCCGUUUCGUUCACAAUUUUCUAGCUGUGAUGAGACACUGGGGUGUAUAUCUCCUGCUUGUUAGAAAAUAUCGUAAUUUAUUGACAUUUAUCUUGUGACGCAGCUGUUUGGAAAUUUCCAAAGCAGCCAAGAGCUGCCAUACCUUCUUAUGGGUCCAUGUUAAGUCUUGUGUAGUAUGUCUAGUUUGUCUUAUUCAUGAAAAAUGUUUCGUGUUACUGCAAAGAAUGUGCGGUGUAAAAGUGUACAAAGUUGUAAGUGUGCCAUAUGGAAGUGUAAAUUAUAUUAAAGCCAAGAUAUGUUGACUGAAAUAUACUAUUCAUAUAAACAAGUGUAUAUCUUACUCGUGAUGGUCAUUGCAAAUUUAAAAGCAUUUAAAAUUUGAGUUUAUUUUUAAAAUACUCUGCUGAAUGUGCUGACAUGUAUUUUCUUUGUCUUCACAUGUACGUGUCUUCUAGAUAACUACUUUGAAUAUGACUUUUAAUUGUGUUUUCAAGCUAUAUGUAAGCUGUUUUUAAUGAGGGAAAUUGUCAUUUUCUCUCAACAUUAGAUACGAUAUAUUGACUCUCCCAGAAGACAAGCUUGGAUUUAUCCAGGUGAAAAGUCAGGGAAGUGCCUUCUCCUAUUAUCAUCCUUUUUAAGCUUUCUAGAAAUUCAGCUUUAAGUAUUUUUUUAAUUGAAAAAUGAGUUGUUAAUUUUCUGUUUUUGCCUGGAAAUCUAUUUUUCAAAUUUCUCAUAAAGAUACCUUUUUAUAAAGAAGUAACAUUCCUUUAAAUUGAUUAAAUUGCAAAAAUUUCAUUUUUGAUAAAUUGUGUGCAAAGAUGAGAGAUGAAAAUGCUCAUGAAAAAUUAUACUCCGAAUUUCAUACUUUAAUUUUUGUUCAUAUUUGUAAAUUUUUGUUCUUUCUCCAUUCUAGGUAAAUGUUUUUGAAGUAUAGAAGCAGAAUUUUUGUAAUAAUAAUAGUUAUUUUGACUAAAUGAGACAAUUUUAAAGUUUGGUAAUGAAUUUUUUAAAUAUGGUUCACACUAAUGAUUAAUCGGUCAUGAUUUAUUCUUCACUUAAUCGUUAGUUGUACAGAGAUAAUUUGUAAGGAAUUGUUCAGUUUUUAACAUGCAUUUUAAAUAUAUGUAACUGCCAGUUAAUGUACUUAGUUGUUUUUGUGAAUUUGUACACUUAUUGUUGAUAAUUUUAUUGCUUGCACGUGUAUUUGUUAUAAUUAUGUUUUGAUUGUACAAAAAUUAAAUUUAAGAUUUAUCAUUAUGCCUUAAUUUUUAAUAUCUUUUCAUGUAUUUUACUUUUUUAGACAUGCUCUGUUUAUGUAUUUAUUGAAUUCUCUUUUUGCAUGUUCUCCAUUUUAUGGUAAUUUCAUCUUUGUUCAUAAAUUCACAUAAUAUCGUGUUUAACUUUCCAAAAAGUCUUUAAUGAUCUAAAAAUAGAUCUCUCAUUUUAUGUAAAGUCAUCUGCUUGUAAUGCUCAUCCACAGACAUUUAGUUUGAACAUUUGGGAAAGAAAUAUCUGGAAUAUUUUAUUGUUGAUAUUUUUUUAAGAGUAGACUUUUGAGAUACUUGUCCAGAAGUGUUCAAAUGUGACUGCUUUAGAUAUUGAUGGGAAAAAAAUAAACUGAUAAUUGAAGUUUGGUGUUUUAUAUAUCUAAAUUUCUUACUAAUUAUGCAGUCUUCUAUGAGGAUUUAAUUUUUGAAAUCUUGUUUAUGCAGCACUGACAGAUUGCAUCCCGGUUUCAGUAGGUCAUAAUUUGUCCAAUUUUAAUCUGUCAAUGUUUCGAUACCAGUGUUAUAUCCAGUCAUUUUUAUUAUUGGUGCUUCGUUUGUCAUUGUAUUUCAUUAGUUGUUGCAAGAGACAUUCUGCUUCAACCUUUUGUGCCUCAUACUCAUUCUUUUCAUAUCAGUUUAGUCAAGUCUUGUUAUUUAAUUUUGCUCAUUGCAUUGUGAUAAGUUAAUUAUUUAUAUUUAUUAUAUUGGAAAUUGUUUUGGUUCUGUGUGUGCUGUUUUUGUUCUUAUGAUUCAAUAUAGUUUCAUUAAAUAAUGUAUAUAUAUAUAUAUAUAUAUGUUUAUUAUUUUUGCUCAGUAUUUGUUUACUCAUUUGUUAAGAUUCCAUUGUAUUUUCUGUUGGUGUAAAAAUAUACAUUUCUGAUUUUUAAAAGGUUUUAAUUUUAUAAAAGGUAAAUAUUCUAAAAGUUUGAGCCCAAUGUCACGCGGUUACAGCAAAUUACUCAAUGAAUGCUGUACUGGCCUUCUCUUUUAGGCCAUAUGUUAAAGUAUGUGUAAUAUGAACAAUGUACUAAAAAUUCUACAUGGCGACUUGUACAGAUUUUAAUAAAAUAAAAUACUUAAAAUACUCCA